UACAGAUUGUCAGAUUCUACACGAAAGAUUUGCAGCAGUUACUUCGAUAAAAUAGAUAGCACACAGUACAUGAGAAAGCGUACUUAUUAUUUUCCAAAAAGUAUUAACUACGUCUUCUUGUCGAUUACCCAAAAAGAGCUGAAAGAUUCGCGAGGAAGCAACACAACAUCAGUAUCUAUCGCCGUCUUGUUCUGUUGAACAAGAACCACAAAGUACCUUCCCACUGAUAAUUGGAAUCUUGACGCGAUGCAGAGGGUUAGGGUUUCAUCCCAAAGAGCAGCUGUUCACAAGCUCGGCGAUUCUCAGAUGACACUAUCUCCCAAAUUCAGAGUAGCUGCAUCGGUUCAAUCGCCAUUGUUCGAUAGAUCAUCGGAACAAGAACUCUCUCUUAACGGAGAACCGUUGAUUCCCGGUUUACCAGACGAUGUUGCUCUUAACUGUCUCUUACGUGUGCCAGUCGAAAGCCACGUCUCGAGUAGAUCGGUCUGCAGGAGAUGGCACUUCUUGUUCUGUGCCAAAGAGACCUUCUUCGCUAGGCGCAAGGAGUACGGUUUUAAAGAACCGUGGCUGUUCGUGGUCGGGUUCAGCAGAUGCACGGGGAAGAUCCAGUGGAAGGUUUUGGAUUUGAGGAAUCUCGCUUGGCACGAGAUCCCUGCGAUGCCUUGUAGAGACAAAGUGUGUCCUCACGGGUUCAGAUCGGUCUCUAUGCCAAGGGAAGGCACUAUGUUUGUCUGCGGAGGAAUGGUUUCUGAUUCUGACUGUCCUCUUGACUUGGUGUUGAAGUACGACAUGGUGAGGAACCAUUGGACCGUCACUAACAACAUGAUCACGGCGAGGUCGUUUUUCGGAAGCGGCGUGAUAGAUGGGAAGAUAUACGCAGCUGGUGGAAACUCUGCGGAUAUGUUCGAGCUCGACGCUGCUGAGGUUUUGAACCCUUUGGAUGGGAAGUGGCGGUCGGUCUCGAACAUGGUUACACAGAUGGCGUCUUACGACGCGGCGGUUUUAAACGGGAAGCUAUUGGUUACCGAAGGAUGGUUAUGGCCGUUUUUUGUGUCUCCGCGAGGUCAGGUUUACGACCCGAGGACGGAUCGGUGGGAGACGAUGGCUAUGGGGUUGAGAGAAGGAUGGACCGGGACGAGUGUGGUGAUUUACGAUCGGUUGUUUAUAGUGUCGGAGUUGGAGAGGAUGAAGAUGAAGGUUUAUGAUUCGGUUACGGACUCAUGGGAGACGGUUAACGGACCGGAGUUGCCUGAGAGGAUUUGUAGACCGUUUGCGGUUAACUGUUACGGGAACAGAGUGUAUGUGGUUGGUCGGAAUCUUCAUCUUGCGGUUGGGAGUAUUUGGAGGUCGGAGAGUAAGUUUGGUGUGAGGUGGGAAGUGGUGGAUUCGCCGGAGCGUUAUGGUGAUUUAACUCCCUCGAAUUCUCAGAUUCUCUUUGCUUAAAAGGAGAUGGGCGAUGAAUCUGUUUGGUUUGGAUUCAAUUGUUUUUGAACCAUAUGUGUAUGUAUAAGUUAAAUUGUAUCAUAAAUGUCAUGGUUGUGUUUGUGCUCUUCUUGUAUCAUAUCCCUAAGUGUGUAUAAUCUGUGUCUGAAAGUGUUAAAUAGUACUCAUGUUUCGAACAUGUAAAGUUUUAAGGAAAA